AUGGCGUUGAGCAUCACUCAUCAGAUUGGGGCCCUAGCUGGGACUCCGAUCCAGCCGGAGAGCAGCUCGGGGGAGUCGACGGCGACGGUGAGCGCGGCUGCUGUGUGGAAGACCCCUGCUGCGGGGCUACGGUGCAGGGCCAGGGCUCCGGAUGCGGUGGACGCUGUGUCACCACCGGUGAGCCCGUGCAGGUCACCGGGGCUAGGGCCAAUCCGCGCCGAUCUGACGGCGGCCUGCUCGGCCUUCGAGGUGGAGGCGCCGACCAGGGAGUACGUGGAGGGGAGUCAGAAGACCGGGGCGAAGGGGAAGGGGGUGCCGGUGUUCGUGAUGAUGCCGCUGGACAGCGUGACCAUGAAUAACACAGUGAACCGGCGGAAGGCGAUGAACGCUAGCCUGCAGGCGCUGAAGAGCGCCGGGGUGGAGGGUGUGAUGAUGGACGUGUGGUGGGGUUUGGUGGAGAGGGACGCGCCGGGGAGCUACAACUGGGGAGGGUACGCUGAGCUGCUGGAGAUGGCGAAGAAGCACGGCCUUAAGGUCCAGACUGUCAUGUCCUUCCACCAGUGCGGUGGCAACGUCGGCGACUCUUGCUUUAUUCCUUUACCAAAGUGGGUCGGUGAAGAAAUGGAUAAAGAUCCUAAUAUUGCAUACACUGACCAAUGGGGGAGGAGAAACUAUGAAUAUGUAUCCCUUGGCUGUGAUACUUUGCCAGUCCUCAAAGGGAGGACACCUGUCCAAUGUUAUGCUGACUUCAUGCGAGCAUUCAGAAACAACUUCAGUCACCUUCUUGGUGACACCAUUGUGGAAAUCCAAGUAGGAAUGGGUCCAGCAGGGGAGCUUCGGUACCCUUCAUACCCAGAGCAGAAUGGAACCUGGAAAUUUCCAGGAAUUGGAGCAUUUCAAUGUUAUGACAAGUAUAUGCUAAGUAGCUUAAAGGCUGCAGCAGAGGCUGCCAGUAAGCCCGAGUGGGGCCACACUGGACCAACUGAUGCAGGUCACUACAACAACUGGCCUGAGGACACCCCCUUCUUCAGGAAAGAAGGUGGAGGUUGGAACAGCCCUUAUGGUGAAUUCUUCCUCUCUUGGUAUUCCCAGAUGCUACUAGACCAUGGGGAGAGAAUCCUGUCCUCAGCGAAGUCAACCUUCGAGAACACAGGGGUCAAGAUCUCGGUGAAAAUCGCUGGCAUCCACUGGCACUAUGGGACGCGAUCCCAUGCACCCGAGCUUACCGCAGGGUACUACAACACGCGGCACCGAGAUGGGUAUCUCCCUAUUGCGCAGAUGUUGGGCCGGCAUGGUGCAGUAUUCAAUUUCACAUGCAUUGAAAUGCGGGACCAUGAGCAACCACAGGACGCCCUCUGCGCUCCUGAGAAACUUGUGAGGCAGGUGGCCUUGGCCACUCGUGAGGCCCAGGUCCCGCUUGCUGGUGAGAAUGCUCUGCCUCGAUAUGAUGACUAUGCGCUCGAGCAGAUCUUGAGGUCCUCGUUGCUAGACAUUGAAGGUUGCCCUCGCGAGGACAGGGAGAUGUGCGCCUUCACGUACCUGAGGAUGAACCCCGACCUGUUCCAGGCAGAUAACUGGAGGCAUUUCGUGGCGUUUGUGAAGAAGAUGGGGGAAGGAAAGGACCUCCACAGGUGCCAGGAGGAGAUCGAGAGGGAGGCCGAGCGCUUUGUGCACGUGACCCAGCCUCUUGUUCAGGAGGCUGCUGUUGCUCUCAUGCAUUAAGAUGGGCUUUGAGAAUGAAGGUUGCAGGUGGCAAGUGUUAGGAUUACUAUGAAACAAUCUCGCUUUGUAUCUUUAAUUAAAUUUUUUCUUUCUUUCUUCCAUCUGAAGGGUUACAGCUUGGUUCAUUGAGUUGCUGUUGCUGUGACCACAUAUAGUAAUGAGGAUGUUAAUACAUGUAUAUCAUGAACACAGAAGCAUAUCGUCUCUUAUAUAUGACUAAAAAAUAUGCAAUAUACGAAGUUUCUAUGCUUAGUUAGAUACGAUGCUGUGA